AGUCACUCCCCCUGCUCCUGACACAUCCUCUCUCACUCUCCCUCUCACACACACACUGAUCAGAUCACAGACACACAUGUGUGUUCAUGUCGAGCUCUGAUCUGGACUGGGAGAAAAGACAGAAGACAGAAAGAUACAGGAUGACAGACAGGAAAAGAGAAAGACAGAUGUGCCUCUUUAUCAGUGAGAGUUAGACAGUUCAUAUAUGAAGCUGACGGAGAGACGCAGUGCACACGUUUAUUCACUUUUCUCGUGAUCCUGGUUUUCCUCUAAAAAGAAUUAAAGUACUGUCUGAGGUGACUGGCUGAUGUAAUAAUAAUGAGUGUGUUGUGGAGUUUGUAUCUGGCUGUGAUGCUCAUCUCACACACACUGUGCACUCUCUCACCUGAAAACGAGGUACCAAUGCACACAACUACCUGGCUGAGUGAUGGCAAGAACACACCUGUCCACCUGAAGAAAGGGGACACACACAGGCUCCAUUUUACACUGGGGAAGAAGACGACAACUCUGAAGCUCACAGUUUCUCCCUGUUCAGGAAGCAUAGAGUGGAGUCUGAGUGCACACACACUGAAGGACAAACCAGCCAAGGAUCAUUACUGGAGCUUUAAGAAGAGCAAGCCUGAAGUGUGGUGGAGAAAAUCAGCAAGUGAGAAGACACUUCACACCUACUCCGGCAGCGCUGUGGACACCUAUGAGGGUCCUGCGCUGCAACCAGUCUCCGUCUAUACACUGCGGAUUAAAUCAACGCAGGAAGACACACAUGCACAUGUUUAUCUCCAUGAAGGACCCACACCAUGGGGAGUGCUUCCAGAGUUGCCCUUUGACCCCAGAGUGCACAUGCUCGGGGUUGGGAUGAGCAGUGUGACACUGACCUGGAGUCCAAGUCCUUCUGUCAUCAAAGCACAACACACACACAUACAUACACGGUUAUAUGAGUACUGUGUUACUGUAAACCGCAAACACAACUACAGGAGCCUGUGUGCAGCACAAGAGGAGAAAGGAGAGCUGAAAGAUGAGAGGAAGGAAAGAGCGGUGGUCAAACUGGACGGAUUCGAUGAGCAUGUAUGUGUAUGUGAAGAGGUGGAAAGUGUGUGUACCAUCUCUGAGCUCCUCCCAAACACGCUCUAUUACUUCGAUGUGUUUGUGAUUGACAGAAUGAAUGGCACCAGCGCAGCAUACACAGGAACGUUUGCACACACACAUGCAGAAUCACACACACACACAGAACCACACACACACAGCAGGAUCCCGCUGAGAGAGGGGCAGGUGCAGUGGGUCACACUGAGUUCUGGUGCAGAUGAGAGGAGGAGUUUCCGUUUCCGGCCUCGUGGUGGGCAGAAGAACGGCCUGCUCACACUGCUGAGCUGCAACAACACACACACACUCACACACACACUCUCUGUUUCAGUAUUGGCCCAAGGAAAUGAGCUGACAUCACAGGAAAUAGGAGAUCAGCUGGUCCAGAUGUGGCUGCAGGGGUUCUCCUCCUACCUGAUCCAGCUCCGAAUCUCUGCUCGAAACACACACGCAGCAGAGAGAGAGACUUUGUGUGUGAAAAUGCAGGCAUCGUCUGCAUUCCACCGCCGGGGGGCGCCGGCGCUGCCACACACACUCCACAUCAAGAGCUUUAACACACUGCGCACCUGCAGCUCCGUUACACUUGCGUGGAUGGGAACUGAGGAACGAGGACUGUACUGCCUCUACAGACGCAGAGUGGACGAGCAGGUUGAGACAGGUGGAGACAGAGUAAUACGGGGUGGACAGAGGUGUGAGACAAGUGGAGACAAAGUGGUACGGGGAAGAAAGAGGAGUGAGACAGGCGGAGACAAAGUGGUACAGGGUAGACAGAGGAGUGAGACAGGCGGAGACAAAGUGGUACAGGGUAGACAGAGGAGUGAGACAGGUGGAAAUGGAGUGAUAUGGGGUGGACCAAGGAGUGAGACAGGUCAAGACAUAGUGAUAUGUAGUAAACAGAAGAGCGAGACAAGUCGAAACCGAGUGAUACCUCGUGAACGUAGGAGUGAUACGGACCGUUGCUUAGCGCCUGAAUCCCGUCCUCCUGAUCAACGUGUGCUCUGUAAAUACUUCCAGGAACUUGAUGCACGCCGUGCAGUUACUACGGCAACAGUAGGUGGGUUGGAGGCGGAGACACUGUACACUUUUGAUAUUUAUCUGAUGAGACGAUGGGCACUUCCUGUUAAAUACCACAGCAAGACAGUGCGGACCAGGAGAGACUGCUGAGAACUACACACACACACACACACACACACACACACAUACACACACACACACACACACACACACACACAGACUGAAUACACACCAGCAAAAGCUCACUGACUGGUCACCAGUCACAUGGCCAUUGUUGCUGUUAUAAUGAUGAUGAGUUUAUUCGAGUUCACACAGGACUGCAAUAUCACACCUGUCUAUCACUACAGAGAGAGACAGGGAAGACUCAGAGUGAGACAGAAAGUCAUAAAGAGAGACUCAGAGUGAGACAGAAAGUCAUAAAGAGAGACUCAGAGUGAGACAGAAAGUCAUAAAGAGAGACUCAGAGUGAGACAGAAAGUCAUAAAGAGAGACUCAGAGUGAGACAGAAAGUCAUAAAGAGACACACAGAUGGGAAACAGAUAAAAAUGACAGGAGACAAAGAGACAGAAAGAGAAAAAAAUCUGACAGAGAGACAGGGACAGAGAGAGUGAGACAGAUGUGUUCUGCAUGAUAAAAACUCGUCUUCAUUGUGUUUGUGUUUGUUGUGCUUCACUUUUAUGCACCAAUAAAAACAGAGCUGUUAAACAGAUAACUAAUCACGGCUCAGCACAUUUACAUCACAGCUGAGGAUCAUUCUGCUUUUAUUAAUUCUCUAAUUAAUUUACUUCUGUUCACUCACUCACUCCCACAUGUUCACUCCCACUCCCUCACUCACUCCCACAUGUUCACUCCCACUCCCUCAUUCACUCCCAUUCACUCCCACUCCCUCACUCACUCCCACAUGUUCACUCCCACUCCCUCACUCACUCCCACAUGUUCACUCCCACUCCCUCACUCACUCCCACAUGUUCACUCCCACUCCCUCAUUCACUCCCAUUCACUCCCACUCCCUCACUCACUCCCACAUGUUCACUCCCACUCCCUCACUCACUCCCACAUGUUCACUCCCACUCCAUCACUCACUCCCACAUGUUCACUCCCACAUGUUCACUCCCACUCCCUCACUCACUCCCACAUGUUCACUCCCACUCCAUCACUCACUCCCACAUGUUCACUCCCACUCCAUCACUCACUCCCACAUGUUCACUCCCACAUGUUCACUCCCACUCCCUCACUCACUCCCACAUGUUCACUCCCACUCCCUCAUUCACUCCCAUUCACACUUAUUCACUCCCACUCCCUCACUCACUCCCACUCCCACUUAUUCACUCCCACUCCCUCACUCACUCCCAUUCACACUUAUUCACUCCCACUCCCUCACUCACUCCCACUUAUUCACUCCCACUCCCACUUAUUCACUCCCACUCCAUCACUCACUCCCACAUGUUCACUCCCACUCCCUCACUCACUCCCAUUCACACUUAUUCACUCCCAUUCCCUCACUCACUCCCACAUGUUCACUCCCACUCCCUCACUCACUCCCACUUAUUCACUCCCACUCCCUCACUCACUCCCAUUCAUUUAUUCACUCCCACUCCCUCACUCACUCCCACAUGUUCACUCCCACUCCCUCACUCACUCCCACAUGUUCACUCCCACUCCCUCACUCACUCCCACAUGUUCACUCCCACUCCCUCACUCACUCCCACAUGUUCACUCCCACUCCCUCACUCACUCCCACAUGUUCACUCCCACUCCAUCACUCACUCCCACUCAUUCUCUCCCACUCACUCACUCUCACAUUUUCAACCCCACUCAUUCACACUCACUCACUCACUCUCAUUCACUCCCACCCACUAAAGUUCGAGUACAGUGUGCUUUAUUAACAUUACUGUUUUAAAAAUGUUGCCAAAGCAAAUAAUAUAAAAUUUAAAUAGACAAACAAUAAAAACAAAUAAAGAAAUAGAAAAACAAUAAUGAAUAAAAUAAACACUAAACAUUAAUAGACAUUAAAUGAACAGAUGUAUUACAGAAAGAUACGCAGUAUUGAAUUAAUUUAUAUAAAUAACAGCUGUAUAAAAUAUUAUAAUAGAUAGUGUUAGGAUUGGAUUAGAUUAGAUUAGAUUGGAUUAGAUUAGAUUAUCGUGUGUUGUAUGAUGGAGUGAAUAUGAGCGGAGCUGCGAGCCGCACACUUCCUUCAUGUUCCCCUGAAACACAGCUCAGUUUGUGCUCAGAGCUCAGAGAGGAGACGUUUGGGAUGAUGGCUGUGAGUUUACGCUGAUGUUCCUGUCUAAUGUGCUUCUGUUGUGGACAGACCCGAGUGAAGAGCGUCUCUGAUUCUACUUCCUGUAGCUCACAGUGUGUACAGAGCCUCUGUUCUUUAGGUUUAUAGCUUUUAGUGUGUCUUCAUUUUUCAAUUUCUAAAUUGUGAUCACCCUCUCUGUAUUUAGUCAGAAUUUGUCUUUCUUUCAGGCUCUUGUUCUUCAGAUAUUCAGCUGAUUGGAUUAGUGUGUUUAGUGUUUAGUUUGGUUUGGGAUUUAAUUUAAUUUUUCCACUCUUCAGUGUACAUGCUCUUUAAAUUUGUUUCAAAUGUAUUCAGUCUGGAUUUGGGGGUGUUUGACUCUCUCAUUCUCUCAUUCACUCCCACUCACUCUCAUUCACUUAUAUGGCAGACGCUCCAUAUAAUCCAAAGCUAAUGAUAAAUUGAUUAAAAAUUUGCAAUGAUUUAACAAAAAAAAAAAAACACACAAACAUGAGUAAUUGUUAAUAUGGUGAAAUUUUCUGUUAGUAGUCUCCAUUGACAGCUUUAUGAAUCUUGAUCUUGUAUUUAUUGUAAUAAACAUGUUGUAACUGA